AUGGCACUCCUAUCUGUUUCUCCUUUUGUUCUACAGCUUUCUGCACUCUUGUCUUCUGUGAUCAUAGCAGCAGCCAAUAUAUUUGAGUACCAGACAGAUUCCCAACCAUUACGUCCAUGCGAACUUCAGAGGGAAAAGGCUUUUUCAGGAGGAGAAACCUACGUUCCUCAGUGCUCAGAAGAUGGCCAGUUCAGGACAGUUCAGUGCAGUCGGAAUGGUCUUUCCUGUUGGUGUGUGGAUGAGAAUGGUAUUGAAGUACCUGGCAGCAAACAGAAUGGAUAUCCCAUGUCUUGCUUAUCCUUUUGCCAGCUGCAAAAGCAGAGGAUCUUGGUGAGUCGCUACAUCAACAGCAGCAGCGUCUCCUACAUCCCUCAGUGCCUGGAUUCAGGGGCGUUUGAUGCGGUGCAGUGUGACACGGAGCUGGGUCAGUGCUGGUGUGUAGAUCCAGAAGGAAUGGAGAUUUAUGGCACCAGGCAGAGAGGAAAGCCAACACAGUGUCCGGGGAACUGUGAGAUCCGAGACCGUCGCAUCCUUCAUGGGUUUGGGGAGAAGAGCCCACCACAGUGUUCAGCAGAUGGGGAGUUUCUGCCUGUCCAAUGCAAGUUUGUCAACACUACAGACAUGCUGGUUUUUGAUCUCGUUCAUAGUUAUAACAGGAUCCCACAGGCUUUCCAAACAUUCAGCUCCUUGCGGGAGAUGUUCCCAGAGGUCUCUGGGUACUGUUACUGUGCGGACAGCCUGGGGAGAGAGUUAGCAGAUACCGGCUUGGAACUGCUGCUUGAUGAAGUUUACGACACAAUUUUCUCUGCACUGGAGCCUGCCCGCACAUUCACAGAGACCAGCAUAUAUCGGGUCCUGCAGAGGCGGUUUCUGGGGGUUCAGCUAGCUACCUCUGGCAAGUUCAGAUGCCCCUCAAAGUGUGAGGUUGAGCGGUAUGCAGCCCUGCGUUACCAGCACGCCUACGUGCCAUCUUGUGAUGCUGAUGGGAGCUACACGCCAGUGCAGUGUCAGCAGGGAGGACACUGCUGGUGUGUGGACACCAAAGGGCAAGAGGUCCAGGGCACAAAGAGCCAAGGACAGCCCCCAGCCUGCGGUGAAGAACAAGUGUGCCUCUCUGAGAGACGACAGGCCUUGUCGAGGAUCUUUUAUGGCCCUGCUGCGUACUUCAGUCAGCGCAAUUUGUUUUCCACGCUAGAUAUGCAGUCACAAAAAAUAGCUGGCUUCUCAAGACCCUGCCCUCCCUCCUUCAAGGAGCUGUUUCUGGACUCUGGAUUGUCGUCCCCAGUUGCACAAAGCCCAUAUGUCAGCCAGACUCCUGGGCUAGAAACCACCCUUAGUGAAGCCAUCACAGGGAUAUUCCCAUCAAGGGAACUGGCUGAAGUGGCACUGCAAUUUACUGCCAAUCCAAAGCGUUUCCAAGAAAACCUCUUUGGAGGAAAGUUCUUGAAGAAUUUGAUCCAGUUUAACUUCACAGGGGCACUUGGCACUAGUGGGAAACACAGCAUUGGCCAAUUUUUCCCACAGGGGAAUGUGGCAGAGAGGGAUAAUGGCCAAGGCCUUCUGGAAUCUGCUGAGGCAUUUUCAUUAGAGGUAUCAAAGGGGAGCUCCAUUGUGAGUGAGCCUCUUGUAGGCAGCUUUGGCCGCACAGUAACUCUACAGGACAAUCAGAAUAUGAUGAAGUUCCUUUCCUCUGUUCUGGAACUACCAGAGUUCUUUACUUUUCUUCAACAAGUGAUUUCUGUCCCCAAAAGCGCUGCUGAAGAUUUAGGUGAAGUGGUGAAACUAGCAUUGGGAUCCACAGACUGUGAUAAGGAGCCAAGGGACCUGUUUGUUCCAACAUGCACCAAGGAGGGGAGGUAUGAGGAAGUUCAAUGCUAUGCAGGAGAGUGCUGGUGUUUGGACACUUCAGGUAAGGAAGUUCCAGGCUCAAGAGUUCAAGGCAAACAUCCAAGGUGUCCCACUGAUUGUGAGAAGCAAAGGAGAAACCUGCAAAACUUGAAGCAAAGCCUGCCAGCGGGAUCAGAUCUUUUUAUUCCCUCUUGUACCGAGGAUGGAGACUUUCUGCCACUCCAGUGUUAUGGAACAAAUUGCUUCUGUGUUGAUCUGAAUGGCAAGACUAUUCCAGGAAUAAGGGGAAAAGCUGGAAAGCCAAUGCAAUGCCCAAGUGCUUGCCAAAUAACAGCUGGUCAGGAGUUUCUAAAGGCUGUGAAACUCCUGUUGUCAGAUCCAAGUGCUCUGUCUCAGCUCUCCAGCAUUUACCUGCCGCAGUGUGAUGCUGACGGUGCCUGGAGGCAGGUGCAGUGCAGUGGACCUUCCGAGCAAGCCUUUGAGUGGUACGAAAGGUGGAUUGCAGAGAACAACAAAGGCAAAACUCUGCCCAUUGCUAAUCUAUUGAACAUCAUAACUGGAUAUAAAGAGGCGUCUUCCAAAGGCUUUUCAGCUUUUGUUAAAGUUUUGUAUGAGGCUGGGCACCAGAAUGUCUUCCCAGCAUUCACCAGGUAUUCCUCCUUCACUGAUCUCCCAACUGAAGUGCUGGAAGGAAACGUGACCUAUGCAUCCAAGAACAUUUUACUGGAUCCAUAUACAUUCUGGCAGCUUCUGAAUGAGCAGCUGACCUAUUACCCAGGACCCUAUACUGAUUUCAGUGCUCCAUUAAGCCACUUUGAACUUCGUGAUUGUUGGUGUGUUGAUAGCAAAGGAAAAGAGCUGCAAGGAACAAAGGCAGAAGCGAACCAGGUCCCAGCAUGUCCUGGUAUAUGUGAAGGUGUUAAGCAGGAAGCCAUGAAAUUUAUAGAGGAGGCAGAGCAGCUCAUCCUAGCAUCAAAUAGUUCCCACUUCCCUUUUGGAGAAAGCUUCUUGAUGGCAAAGGGAAUACAGCUCACAGACAGUGACCUCCUACGUUCUGCCCAGUCCUACAAGACAGAGGUGGUGGUCUCUGAAAAGCUGUUAUCGGGCAGUGACUAUGCUCUCCAGCUGGCUGCACGGUCAGUCUUGCAUUUCUACUGGCGGAGUCACUUUACUUCAAAACGUUCUGCUGGGGAAGCAAUGCAGCUGGGUUUUCUCCCUUACAUCCCACAGUGUGAUGGCCUGGGAAACUGGGAACCAACUCAGUGUUAUGAGAGCACAGGUCAUUGCUGGUGCGUGGAUGAGCGAGGACAUUAUGUUAUGGAUUCCUUGGUCUCACGCGCAGCAGAACUUCCCAAAUGCCAGACAUCAUGUCAGCGAUCUCGAACCAAUGCCUUAAUUUCCAGCUGGAGACAGAGCAGUUCAAAGCUGGAUGCUUCUACAGCUGAUCUAUUUGUCCCCUACUGCCUUGAGACAGGAGAAUACUCUGUGCUACAGAGAUCCGACACAGAUAUUUGGUGUGUAGAGCCUGUGUCAGGAGAAGUAUUUCAGCGUGGCAGCAAAGAUUUGGAUGGCGAUCCUGAGUGUUCCAGUUUCUGUAAUAUGCUGAAGUCUAAAACUGGUUUACGAGAAGUUGGCAAAGGCUACAUCCCCCAGUGUGAAGGGGACAACGGGACUUUCUCACCCAUGCAGUGCAGCCAGGAUCAAGAGAGCUGCUGGUGUGUCUUCGACAAUGGAGAAGAGCUUCCAGGGACACGAGUAAGCGGAGGAAGAUCUGCAUGUGCAAGUCCGCAGUGUGCUCUGCCAUUCGGUGCCUCAUCUGUUCUCAACGGAGCUGUAUUUUGUGAAAACAUUUCUGGGCAAGCUUCAAGCGUUCAGCAGUGCCGGCUGGUUUGUCGCCAGGGCUUCCAUAGCGCCUCUUCCAGCACGUCGUUUCAGUGUGAUGUGCAACAGCGUCGAUGGGUCUCGGCUGCCCCGCUCUAUCAGGCCUGCCAGAAGCUCCAAUUACUUCAGACAGUUCAAGCUCAAACACACUUUCAACUACUACUGCCUCCUGAGAAGACUUGUAGUUCUGACUACUCUGGAUUACUCCAGGCAUUCCAGAUAUUUAUUUUAGAUGAGUUGAAGGCUCGUGGUUUAUGUCACCUCCAGGUAAAUGUGUUUGGAAAUACCGGCUCGGUUUCUGUCUGUGAUGAUUCCGCUGUCUAUGUUGAAUGCCUGAGCGUGGACCGCCUGGGGGUGAAUGUCACGUGGAGGAUUCAGCUGGAAAACAUCCCGGCAGCUUCUCUCCCUGACUUACAUGAUAUUGAAAAUGCAAUUGUUGGAGAAAAUCUCAUUGGAGCAUUUAUAAAAGAGAUCAAGGAUGGUGGUUUUCUGCUGCAUUUAGACUCCAAGCAAUUCCUAGGAGAUUCUUUCAUUGAUUUUCCCCGGGAUGAAGAGUUUGAUCUGUCUCCGAGUGUGCAGCUAGGAUGUAGAAGUGGGUUUCGAAGAAUUUCAUCUCUUGGGAAAGCAGUCCCAAAUUCACAAGGAUGCGUUGUUUGUCCUCCAGGCAGUCAUUUCCAGAAUGAUGAAUGCAUUCCCUGCCCUUUUGGCUACUAUCAGCAUCAGAAAGGACACUCCUUUUGCAUCAAGUGUCCUGUGGGCAAAACUACCAACUCCUAUGGGGCAUUCAGCGCUGAUCACUGUAUCACCUACUGUCAAAGCAAUGAGCAGGGUCUGCAGUGUGAUGAAGACGGCCAGUAUAGACCUUCCCAGCAAGACCCUGACACUAAGAAAUCCUUCUGCGUUGAUAGCUUUGGAGCAGCACUGGACUGGACUGAAACAGACGAUCUCCUUACAAACUACCAGUGCCUAGGCUGUGAGAGGGAAGAAGCAUGCAGUUUUGCCACUGUAACUCCUGCUGGUGCUGAAGUUCUGUGUGAAUUAUACAGUGCUGCUGAAGCCAACUUCAACUGCACCACCUCUGGACUGGUGCAAGGUGUUUUGGGGAACCCCGAUGCCACUAGCAUUGGUCAUCUCAGCUGCCUGCUUCAUGUCAGGAAUCCAGAGGGAGAUGCAGUGAUGGUCUACUUGAAGAGAGGACAAGAAUUUAACUCAUCUGGACUCAAGCCCUUUGAAAGGACCAGUUUUCAGAAUGUGCUUUCUGGCAUGUAUCGCUCCCUGGUGCUCUCAGCAGCCAGCACAUCUCUAACUGAUGCUCAGCUCUUCUGUCGGCAGACUUGCAGCAGGGACUCUUGCUGUGAUGGCUUCAUCUUGAGUCAGAUCGCGCUUGACGGAGGUACCAUUUUGUGUAGUUUGAUGAGCGACCCAGACGUGCUGAUCUGCAAUGCAAAUGGCUGGAGUCCAACACCAACAUCUGUCAUAGGUGGGAUAUGUAAAGGCGUGAGCUAUAAUGAAAAAGAGAAGAUGUUUUCCUUCACCCUGGGAGGACAAGUGUUCAGUGGAACUUCUAAGUUGGCAGAAGAGGCAGAAAGAAAUUUUACUACCUUUCAGCAAGUUUAUCUGUGGAGAGGCUCUGAUAUGGUCACCCGGACUAAAACCUCAGAGUGCGAUGCUACUGCUUUGAAGACAGAGAAUGAUCUAACAUUAUCAGAUUCCACAAAGGAUCUUUUCUACCUAAUGGACAACAGCCGGAUACAAAGUGACCAGAACUAUUCUCUCCCUUACCAGCAGUAUUGGGUCUUCAGGCAGAAGUACUCAGCAGAGGAGGCUGUGCUUUGGUGUCUCACACGUUGUGCACAAGAAGAUGAGUUUUGUCGAAUGGCAGAUCUUCAAAACGCUGCAGACAAAUACUUUGUGUGUACCCUCUAUCCAGAGGCACAGAUUUGUGAUGGCAACAUCGAUCAAAUACCAGAAAACUGUCGAACUGUGCUACCCAGGCAGCCACAGACAUUGUAUCAUAAAAUAGUCACUCUAAAAAGUUCUGUGAAGAGCUUCUAUACACGUGUGCCAUUCCAGAAAGUAACGGGGAUCUCAGUGAGGAAUAAGACUGACAUGAGCAGUAAAGCUGUUUCAGAUGGCUUCUUUGAGUGUGAACGUUGGUGUGAUGCUGACCCCUGUUGCACGGGAUUUGGCUUUUUUAAUGACUCCCAGCUAUCAGGUGGAAAGAUCAUGUGCCUGACUCUGAACAGCCUAGGAAUCCAGAUGUGUGCUGAGGAAACAAGAAGUGCUUGGCAAGUGUCAAACUGUAGUUCACCAGAUGCUGAAGUCAGAAUACACCCAUUUGGCUGGUAUCAAAAGCCUGCUGACUUGAAGAACACCAUGCCUAACCUGUGUCCACCUGUUAGUUUACCUCUCAGGCCAGAAAGUGAGUAUUCGGAUAUAUGGCAACCCUUAAAUGUAUCCUCUGUCCUCAUGGAUUCAUCCAUCUCAAACUUUGAAGUUGUGCAAGUUAGUAGAGAUAUAUCCAAUGACUUCUCCACUGCCAGAGACUUGUGUCUAUCCGCUUGUUCAAAGAACCAGUCCUGUACAGUGGUUACACUGGAAAUCCAGCCUUCAGCAGUGAGAUGCCUUUUUUACCCUGAUACGCAGAUAUGCACACAUGGCCUGCAAGGGCACAGCUGCCGGGUUUUACUCAAAGAGCCAGCUACAUAUAUCUAUAGGAGACAAGGUAAGAGCAGGUUAAGGUACGAGGUAUCACUCCCAUCUGUGUACAUCCCAUCCCAUGGAGAUCUGAUGGGCAAAUCCCAGGUGAUCCACGUUGGCUUGGAGUGGAGAAAUAUCAGCCAGUUCCUGGGGAUCCCGUAUGCUGCACCUCCCCUUGCAGAGAGGCGCUUCAGUCCUCCAGAGCCAUUUGCUUGGGUGGAAACCUGGAAUGCUACUGUGGCUCGGGCAGCUUGUUGGCAGCCAGGAGAUGGAGAGGCCCCGUCAUACUCUGUCAGUGAAGACUGCCUGUACCUGAACGUCUUUGUUCCUGCCACCACUGUCAAAAACAUGUCAGUGUUGCUGUUCUUCCACAAUGGAGGGAGUUACAAUGCUGAGGCGGGAAAGACAACCAUAGAUGGAUCAUACCUAGCUGCCAUCAGUAAUGUCAUUGUUGUGACGGCAAACUACCGAGUUGGUGUUUUUGGCUUCUUUAGUACUGAUUCUCCCGAGGCCAGUGGAAACGCUGGCCUUUUGGAUCAAUUGGCAGCUUUGAAGUGGGUGCAGCAGAACAUUGCUAGCUUUGGAGGAGAUCCAAGCCGGGUUUCUUUAGGAGCUGACCGUGGCGGGGCAGAUGUUGCCAGCAUUCACCUGCUUACCGAGACAGCAGAUAUGGACCUCUUUAGGAGCGUGUUGUUGAUGGGAGGUUCAGCUUUUUCUCCAGCAUCCAUUAUUACUAAGAGGAGAGCGCAGACCCAAGCAGCAGUCCUGGCUGAAGAAGUGGGAUGCCCUUCAUCCACCAGUGAGGAAAUUGUAGCCUGCCUCCGCCAAUUGCCUGCUCGUGUCCUCAACGAUGCGCAGACUAAGCUCCUAGCUAUAAGUGGUCCGUUCCAGUACUGGGGUCCAGUGAUGGAAGGAAUUUACCUUCAGGAACCUUUAGCUAAAGCCCUGCAGCGCCCUCAACUUCGGAAAGUAGAUCUGCUCAUUGGAAGUGCUCAGCAAGAUGGGUUGAUCAGCAGAGCUAAGGCAAUCAAGAAAUUUGAAGAAAGUCAAGGAAGAGCCAACAGCAAAACAGCCUUUUAUCAGGCUCUGCAAAAUUCUCUAGGAGGAGAAGACUCCAACUCAUUCAUUGAAGAUGCAGCUACGUGGUAUUACUCCCUUGAACACUCAACCGAUGAUUAUUCAUCCUUUUCCAGGGCUUUGGAAAAUGCCACCCGUGACCAGUUUAUCAUGUGUCCCAUCAUAAACAUGGCCAGUCACUGGGCUGCUGCCUCCAGAGGAAAUGUCUUCAUGUACCACGUACCUGAGAAUGAAGGCCAUUAUGCUGUGGAGCUCUUGCUGGAUGUUCAGUAUGCAUUUGGACUGCCAUUCUACCCAAAGUAUGAAGAACAAUUUACUCUGGAAGAAAAGAGCCUUUCCUUGCAAAUUAUGCAGUAUAUCUCUAAUUUUGUAAACUCUGGAAAUCCAAACUACCCUCAUAGUUUCUCCAGAAGAAUGUCAGGGGUGAUGCCCCCAUGGCCUAUGUAUCUGCCAAAUGAUGAUGGUGAUAACUACAAGGAGUUCACUGUUUCCUUGCCAACUCUUAAAGGAUUGAAAAAAGCAGACUGUUCCUUUUGGUCUGAUUAUAUCAGAAGACUGAAAGCAUCCACAGGAAUUGCAAGUAAUGGAGAGCCAUCUGCAGAGAACAGCCCUAGUGAAGCUCCCAGUGAAGGACUUACCUCCCAGGAGAGUCAGCUGUUGGGCGACAAGGCAGCUUACAGCAGAUAG